AUUAAGGAGGGGGAGGGAGGAUGGACAUUCCUCUCAUACUGAGGCCAGGCGGUGUGUGUGUGUGUGUGUGUGUGUGUGUGUGUGUGGGGGGGGGGUGCUUCCUGCUACUUCUCAUGUACCGCUUCUUUCUUUACUCUCAACAUGGAAAAAGACUCCUUGGCCUCGAACAAACUCUUUUUCCCGGUGAAAGAAUAAAAAGCCCACGGUGACGUCCAAGAUGGAGCGGCUGCAGCAGCGCGUUUCGUAACUUCAGGAGGGUCGGUGCGUGCCGAGGAGACACGACAGAGCAGCAGGAACCGAACAAAAGAAUGUUUCAUUGGAAUCAGGGGCUCGGAAAGUAAACCAAGUUCUUCAGGAAAGCCCUCUGACAGAGCCAGGCUUGGGAGAAGCAGCCGUCUACAGGGCCACGUGGGAGAUGUUUCGGAAAAAAGCAUCUUCCUCCUUGAGAAUGAGAAGGAUAACAGAAAGCACUAGAUGGAAUAUCGACCGUGGGCGAAGCUUAUCCUUCCACGAGGUUUGUGGCCAGCGCGAGGUGGAGAUGAGGGCCGCAGCCGAGGAGUCCUCCAACAGCAGCAGUAGUGUAGGUGGUGGCGGCAGCACAGUCCUGCAGCGUCUCUUACAGGAACAAAUGAACCGGAAUUAUGUGCUCCAGCAACAACAAGGUGGAGGAGGAAGUGGUGGAACAGGAGGGGGAGGUGGAGGAGGAUACUCGGUGCAGGGACAGGUUGGGCCAUCUGAUGAUCAUUCCAUGAGCCCCCACAUUGCCCGGCAGGAGCCACAGGGACAGGAGUUACAGACAGACAGCGGCCUGGAGAAGCUGGGCUCCUCCAGAACCGGAGGAGGAGGUGGGAGUAGUGGAGGCGGAGGGGGAGGAGGUAGUAGCGGAGGAGGGAGCAGUCAAGGACAGUGUCCCAACUCUGAAGACCUCCCUACAUAUGAAGAGGCCAAAGUGCAGUCGCAAUAUUUUCGGGGCCACGCCCCCCCUCCUCAACCUCAACAGCAGAAUAACCAGGCCCAGCAGCCUCCUCUACAAGCGUCUGUGGGCACCGCCUUCUAUGUCACAGGGGUGAGCAGCGCCAAGGUGCGUACUGAGGGGCGCCCCACGGUGCAGCGAGUUAGCGGCAUGGGGAAGGUCCACCAGGACGAUGGGCUGAAAGACCUGAAGCAAGGACACGUUCGGUCGCUUAGUGAGCGACUUAUGCAGCUCUCAUUGGCCACCAGUGGCGUGAAAGCUCAUGCUCCUGUCACUAGCGCCCCACUUUCUCCCCAGCUGCCCCCUCCAGGGCCAGCUGGUGACUUAUACAAGACGCAGCAUCGUGGCCCACCUCCUGACUACCCGUUCAAAGGUAUGGGUUCUCCUACCAAGCAGCAGGAGUCAGGAGGCCAUUUUUACCAGGAGCAAAGAGGAAGGGAACACUCCAGGGAAGUGCCUCAUGUCCGAUACCAACCCCCACCAGAGUACGGCUCAUUCAGGUCCAGUAAGGAAGGCUUAGUUCACACCCAGCGACCCCUUCAACAGCACAGUCCCACCUCCUCUGUCACCUCAGUGGGCUCUUUAUCGCGCACCCAGUCCUCAAACCUUAGCAGCAUUCUUAGUGCCUCCCACUCCUCUCAUCCUUCCUUCCCUCAUCAGCAACCCCAGAACCAGGGAGAGCCCUUACUCACGGCGAGCCCUCGUAGUCCACAUAGUACCGGCUCCCUCCAAUUAGCAGAGUCUUUUACCUCAGGGUCGCUUCACCCAGCACCACAGAGGAGUCAUGGUUUUUGUCCAGAUCCCUAUGGCUCCACACCAAGGAUGCACCAUCAUCAUCAUCAUCAUCAGCAGCCUCCCCAUCUGUAUCAUCAUCAUCAGCAGCAGCAUCAGCAGCAGCAGCAGCCGCCAUUCCAAGGACCUUCCCAACCGCAGCUGUCGGUCCAUUCUGGACCUUAUCCCCUGUCACAGUCCUACACUCACCUGCAGGGGGAGCCCUUUGCAAUGAUGGCCCGUGCCCAGCAGAUGGUAGAUACGCUGACAGACGAAAACAGGAUGUUGAGGCAGGAAAUGGAGUCCUGUCGCGAGAAAGUCACUAAAUUGCACAAGCUGGAAAUGGAGAUCCAGCUGGUCUCAGAGGCCUAUGAAAACCUGGCAAAGUCUUCCUCCAAGAGGGAGGCCCUGGAGAAAACUAUGAGGAACAAGUUGGAGCUGGAGGUGCGCCGGCUGCAUGACUUCAACAGAGACCUCAGAGAGCGCAUGGAAACCGCUAAUAAGCAGCUCGCUGCUAAGGAGUGUGACGGCUCGGAGGACAACCGCAAAACCAUCUCCCAGCUCCUGACACAGAACAAAGAAACGCUGCGUGAGAAGGAGAAGCUGGAGAUGGAGCUGAACGCACUGCGCUCGACCACAGAGGACCAGAGAAGGCACAUCGAGAUCCGAGACCAGGCGCUGAACAAUGCCCAGGCCAAAGUCGUCAAGUUGGAGGAGGAGCUGAAGAAAAAGCAGGUUUACGUAGAGAAGGUGGAGAGGAUGCAGCAGGCUCUGGCUCAACUCCAGGCAGCCUGUGAGAAGCGAGAACAGCUUGAACACCGACUUCGUACAAGACUGGAAAGAGAGCUGGAGUCACUCCGUAUGCAACAGCGUCAAGGUGGUGCUCAAACCAGUGGUGUGAUCUCGUCAGAAUAUAACACCACAGCUCUGAUGGAACACCUGAGGGAGAAGGAGGAACGGAUUCUGGCUCUGGAGGCUGACAUGACCAAGUGGGAGCAGAAGUAUUUAGAGGAAAGUGUAAUGAGGCAGUUCGCCCUGGAUGCUGCAGCAUCUGUUGCUACUCAGAGGGAUACGUCUGCUACAAUGAUCAGCCACUCUCCUAGCAGCAGCUAUGACACGUCAGUGGAGGCUCGAAUCCAGAAGGAAGAGGAGGAGAUUCUGAUGGCCAAUCGGCGCUGUCUGGACAUGGAAAGCAGGAUAAAGAAUCUGCAUGCCCAGAUUAUUGAAAAGGACGCCAUGAUUAAGGUGCUUCACCAGCGCUCUAGGAAGGAGCCUGUUAAGUCUGAUGCACCAUCUGCCAUGAGGCCCUCCAAGUCCUUGAUGUCCAUCUCCAACACUGGUGGUUCUGGAUUGCUCUCUCACAACUUGGGACUGAGUAGCUCACCAAUCACUGAAGAACGUAAGGACACGAGUUGGAAGGGCAGUCUGGGGGUUCUGCUCAGUCCCGAGUUUCGCAUGGAGUCUCUCAGGACAGAGUCGAUGUCGUCGUCUCCCUCCCCGGUCUUUCCUUCCACACCGAUGACUGCAGGACACUCAAAGACAGGCAGCAGAGACAGUUACACGCAGACCGACAAGGGCCACAGUCAGGACACCAGCAAGCCCAGCACUCCAGCUCUGCAGAGCAUGACGCUGCCAGCUCGCCUGUCCAGUCCCAGCCCCGUCUACAUCCCUGACCGCAUAGCAGAUGCACAGGCGUUUCACACCAGCACGCUGGAGCGCAGACUUCCCAUCCAGUCCCACCCACAGCAUCAGUCAGCUCCUCCAGCACAGUCGAGCCAACAAGAAGCAGACACAGAUAUGGUGGAGAUCCUCAUCUGACCACUUCAUGUCCUGAGAAGCGAACAGCUGUGUGGGAGCUCCGUCAGUGCAGACGACCUGCAGCUCUCGUUUUCAUACUUUUGUGUUUACAGGCACGUUCAUUCAGACACUUUUACAUCAGCUCGAGUCUUUCGCUGAAUCAGUGUUCAUCGAUAUCAUUAAAGGAAAUCAGUCCGUUGCAGCACCCCCAAGCGCUUUUUCUUGAAUGUGAGUUUAAAUUAAGUGGUGACUGGAAUUUAAGAAUGUCAGUGAUCAUGUGAUUUCUUUUGUCCGUGCCAUUCGUGCUCCUGUGUUCACAGUGAUGGCGUUGCAUGGAAGUUAAGUAGCUUUAUGGACUAAGUAAGCAUGAAUCCUUGUCAUGCUGUGUCCAUGCACGUUUUUGGAGAAUGAGACAUGUUGUUCCUGACUGUACAUAACUGUGUUUAUAGCUGCACCUGUAAGGUAAAUACUUCACUUGUUGUCACUCUGCCCUGGGGGUUCAGUGUUACUGUUAAUAGGUCAAUACGUUGCUGUGUAUGGCACCAGUAGUAUUUCAGUACAUUGCCAAGCUUAACGUGUAACUUUUUUCCCUCUUGCAGCCAGUAAUGCACCAUCUAUAUAACAUUUUUGUGUGUAAUAGUAAGUUUUCUUCUUUAAACUACCUGACGUUAAAGUACAACAUGGGCAGGUCAGUAAACACCCUUCACUCUUAAACUGUCCCCACACGGUACCCCUGUGCUUCAUCCAAACAGGUGAACCCUGGCUUGUGUCCAUGCUGUGCACAUCACCGUUUUGAGUCAUGGUUUCACACGCACACCUGUCUGGCUUUGACCUCAGCAGUAAGGGUGGGACAGCUUAGUUAAGCUUUCACGACCUCCCUCUGUAGAGGAAUUUCAUUCACCGUGUUACAGUCUGUGUUGUAAGAACAUGUGGAGCUUUCUUUUAGUACGUUGCAUAUCAUUUCAAAAAAGUGACACAAGCAUUUAGUUCUUGAGAAUAUUUACAUUUCUGACACUUUUAUUACCAGAUUUCUCCAAAUGACUCACUAAGGGUCAGUGUAUCGAUGCCUGGCUCCUCCUCUGCAUGCAGCUCAUCCCUGACUUGCCCCCAGUGCAUCCAUCAGAUGUUGGAUGAAAGCACUGUAUAGAUGUGUGUGUUACUGGAUGAAUCAGAAAAGGCACUGUAUAAUAUCAGUGCACUGAAUGUCUCUAUGUAUCAUUUUGGUAAAUUGUCAGGCUAGUUUUAGCACACGAGUAUGUUGCUCUGUAUCUGCGAGCUAGUUUCCACCCACCGUGUCACGAUCCUGAACAAAAGUAACUGAGUGGAUUUGAAAUCGACCUGUAAAACAAAAAGCUUUGUGUACAUGACAUAAAACUUUAACCUUUAGCUGGCAGCACGUGCUCAGUCUUUGAAAAUAAACUUUCCUCACAUAAAGAAUAUAAUUCAGAUAAUUAUGUUCAGCAAAAAUAAUAUCUUAAGACAAAUGUAUCCAACUAUUUAUCUUCUUUGAAGUUCUUCAGCUUCAUUAGGUGUGAGUAUAUGGAGGAGUGCUGCUGCUCGAGUAAAUGCACAGACAUAUUGGUCUGCAUCGAUAUGACUGUGAGACAUGUCCACAUUUGUAUCCAUGUUACUGUAGUGCUGCUAUAGCCUGAUGAUACCAAUGUAAGUAACUGAGAUGAUUCACGCGGCUAAUAUAGUUUUAUUAUUCAAGCUGUCAUUUAAAAGUAUCCAAUAAAACUGUACCAAAGAAUGGCAAGCAAAAUAAAGUCAUUUCAGUGGGACGGGAAUAUCAUUUCACUACAAAUAGUUAAAGAAAACUGACAAGAACUUAAUGUCAUCAGUUUAAAUGAACACUUUUCCCCCCAUUGCAGAAUAUUUUAGGAUAUUUACUCUCCACUCUUACUUAUUUCCUCCUGAAUUGUAAUCUGUCUGUAAUAUCCACGUCUGUCUAUACGUUAGAUAGUAGGGACCAUCCAAAACUAGCUGAUGACACAUUUUCUUUUCUUCAUUUCUGAGUUUCUUGGUUUCACAUUUGGUGAAGUUGCACUUCUUUGUUUCGCCCUGUCAUGAGGUGAACUCGUGUAUAAAUCAAGCUGCUUUGUUUUCUGGUGUAGAACAAUGAAAGAUGUUAAACUGCGACAGAGUUCAGUCUGGGGUGAACUCUAUAGCAGUAAAUCUUUAAAAAGACAGUUUUUUGUCAGGCGACUCAUGAAGGUCCGUUACUGGUUCAUGUUAUUCAUCGGGGUGUUAAAGAAGUUAUGGAAAUGAUGCUAAAACACAACACAGUGUUAAUGCAUACGUGUUUAUUAGUUUCUACCAUUAGCAUAGUAUUAUGCAUGCAUUAUAAAGUAUUGAUGUUUCAUGUGGGCUCAGUUGAAAGUUUGAUGACAAAGGACCCUGUGGGCCCUCAGGUGGGAUUACUGAAAACUUCAAGAUAUUAUGAAUGACUCCUUUCAAGUCCUGGAGCGUGCCUAAUAAGUAUGUAGUUCUAUUAUUUUCCCAAAUUUCAGUGUUGUCCAGUUUAAUUUAUAGUUUUACAAUUAUAGUCGCAGGACUCUCAAGGAAUUUCAGACAACACACUGGAGAAUACCAGAGGUUCUCAUCAGAACACCAGUAGUUCUCCACUUUGAGAGAAGAGUAAGAAAACCAACAUUUUCGAACGAUCCUUAAAAAUCACUCAAAUCGAAAUUGUUGUUUAGAAAUGAACUGUGUGUAAGUGACGGCUCACUUAUUGCAGAGAUGAUUGCCUUGUUAACAUUGCUCCUACAGCUGGGAUCUGUGGUCUUCAGUCUUUAGGAUGGCUUUGGCGUAAUAAGUGAUGUGCGUCUCUAUCCCACCUGAGGAUGUCCUUGGUCCUGCCCCACCUGUAUUUCCAAAGCUUCCACUGUGUUCAUAGCUGCUUUUUGUUUAAACAAGUCAAAUCUUUUGAAAGCAUUUCCUCCUACAGCAUAUUUAGUUAAUAAUCUCAAGUUACAUUAGUUCCUCUGCACUUUCCAUCAAAUAAAGUACAAUUUGUUAAGGAUUACAGUCUGUACCAGGCACAUGCCCUAACAUAUUUAUUAAUUCAUGAUUAUCUCUACAUGUAACACCUUCAAAGACUGAAGUGGCUGUCACAUUUAUUGCACAUUGUGAUUAUAAAUCUCCCAUAAUGUGACAAAUGCCUGGCAAAGAACACAUGUAACAAAAUGUCUUGUAUUGUAGCUUCUUUACAUUCUUUUUAGGCCGUUUUAUACGCGCUUCUUAAUGUUGUUAUUGCUGUACAAUCAAAAUAUACAGAAUAUAACUUUUCUCAUUCUAUAUUGUAUCUUGGUAUGAAGUCACUGAUUUAUAUACUUUUGGAUUUGAAACUUGGUCCUUCUCCAAAUGUUUUGUUAUUAUCUUUUAUGAAGUGAGUAUUAAUUUAACUGUUGUUAAAUAAAUUAAUGCUGAGGCUUCAA